GACGUGAUUGGUCAUCAACGAGAACAGACAGAAGGAGGAGCGAAUUACAAAAACAUAAACAGUCAAGACUGCCAGUUUUCGAGAUUUGUUUUGUCUUAUUUUAUCUCUGCCUUGCUUUGCUAGAAAGUACUCUGCCAUAUAAUUUCGGAAUACGAUGGAGUCACUUUCUAAAUCUUCUGAUUGUCGGAAAAGGCGAAGAAGUUCGGUAGAAAACGAUAUUAUGGAGAAAAGGCUGCAAGCAUGGAGAGCAAAGAAGGGUUUGCCUACCCUAAGUAAAAUACAAGAGGAGAGACAAAAGACAAAACUGCUGUCCAAGCACACAACUCCAAGUCAUCCAUUGAAGAGGAAAUCCAUUCAGAUAUCUAAAUCCGAGAAAAAGAUGGAGAGAACUGAUGAUAAGAGCAAGCAAGCUAGGUUUUAUACCCCAGGCCCUUCAACCCAACGUGAUGUAGCUAUCGAUAGGAGACGUACAUGUAGCAAUCUACAGACUAACAAGCAGCCUAGCAGGAGAAGCCUAGCACCAUCAACUAGGAUGAACACUCCCCAUCAAUCUUCAAAUAGUGUGAAAAGGAAUGAGAGCAAAAAUAUAGCAACAGGCAAUAAAGUCACAUUGCUUCCAAACAAAAGAGAUAAAAUCCCAGCAGCCAUGCCUCGGCAAGUUCCUAUCAGGUCACAUGAUCUGUCACAUGUCAGCCUCCAUACCCAGGGUCGCAAGUCUGUUCGAUUCUCCUCGCCCAAGAUGUCAACAGCAGUGGAGGCAUGUGAUGAAAAUAUCCCUGUCAGCUGCACACCCAAGGUCACACCUGGACCAAGCAAGAGCAAGUCAGACAUAAGAGGAAGACUGGAGCAAUGGCUGAUAGCCAAGGGUAAGACGCCCUCGAGGUUCAACAACUUCCUGGGCUAUGAGUCGUCCCUGCAACACACCCCUGGCCCUGCAGGCAGCAGCCACAUGUCGAGGAGAAGGUCUGGGACACCUCACCUUGGGAGGAACAGGAGAGACACCCCCGGAAAAGGAACACGUCGGUCUGGUGAAGGUGGUGCUGUACAUGGCACCAUGAAAGAGUGUCUGGAAAUGCUGGAGGAGGGAUGCCCGUUGGAAGACAUGUUAGCCUGGCUGGAUGGAAUGGUGACCAAAGUUCCACUCAUCCAACAAUGUGCAGGCUAUUGGCUGUGCAGGGCAAAGAUUGCUGAGAAACAGGGUGGAGACCAGUCUGCCAUUGAAUGCUUGUUUGAAGCUGUGGAGUUUAACCCUGAACCUGUAAAAGAUAUCCUGGACACCCUGGCUACAUACAGACUCAAGCUAAAGAUGAGCAGUGAGGAAUCCGAAGAGACCAGAUGGAAAUCUCCUUCCAUAGAGACUGGUGUGGACUACCGUCUCAGGCACUCACCAUGCCUUGAGGUCCAGACACCUGUAGCACACCUGAGGUUUGAAGAAGAGGAUGGGAACCAGUCUCCUGAUGGAGAGGAUGAUAAGAGACCUGGAGAGGAUACAUCCCAUUUGAGCAUCAAGUACAGCCUCAAGGAAACUACACCUUACUUUACGAGGAUUCACCGGACCAUUGGCCAUUCUCCGCCCACUCCUUGCCUGCUUGUCACUCCAGUCAGACGGUCGGCCCGUCUGGACAACAAACGACGCUCUGUGGCUUGCCUGGGUACCCAGCUGACCCGCACUCCGGCAGUAGAAGACUGUUUGGACUCCAUGAGAGAGGUAGCGGCUAACUACCCUACAGCCCAGCUGAUCCUACGACCGAAUAGAGCUCUUACUCAGGAGUUCUCUGAAGCUCAGCUUCAAGACUAAAAAAAUGAUUACAGAGCAUCUUGAAAUUAAGUGUCAAAAGUGAUCACUUCCAGUUCUGUACUUACAUGUAUACAAUUCUAGUAGUCUAUCGAACAUUUUAUAAUGCUCUGAAAUAUAUACUAGUACAAAUUGUGUAUUUUACCUUAAUUUAUUUACCUGCUUGCUAAGAAAGUAAGAAUAUGGUUGUAGAUAAGCAACAAGUGUACAUAGGUUUUUAAGUCCUAUGCUUGGUAAUUGAGGCUAACUGUCCUACCAAAGAGCAGUAGUGCAUCGGUUUGGUUCAAACCCUAGACCUCCUGGUUAGAA